AUGAAAGAGAGAAGUUUUGCAGUGCUUGACAAGAUCCAGUGGGAUCCCAUCACUGCCUGGGGCGUUGCCGUGGCCAAGCUGUCAGUGGCCUUGCUGAGCGUGUCCAAAGUUGGAUCCACAUCCAGUUCUGCCAUCAUUGGCAGCGUUCAACUGCAUCAAGUGCUGGUGGUGCACAAUACAGCAUCUGACAGUAUACUGAACCCUGCUACGUGCAGUCUUGAGAAUUUGCAGGUUCCUUGCACUGUUUGUUUCUUUGUUUCCAGAGUGACAAACAUUCAGAGCGCAGUGAAGCCGCCGCCUCCGCCGGUUCAGCCUCGGCCCGCUGCACUCGGCAGCGUUCAGAUGCGUGUUAAGACGUCCCAGACCUCUGGAGAACGUCUCAGCCAGUCCAAGUCCAUGGUGCUGCAGGACUCGGACCUUCAACAAAAACCUAUUUCUCGACACAGAAGAAAUCAGUCUCAGCACAGCGUUGGAGCCGAGUUUAAACUCCCACCUGAGCUGAAAGGUGAAUAUCUGAACGUGGCCAAAAUUUUUGAAGGUGGAAAGAAGCUGCGGAAGAACUGGACCUCGUCAAUGACCGUGCUGCGUUCUGAUCAGCUGCUGUUUUACAAAGAGAGCAAACAAGAGGCUUUGGCCAGUCUGAAACCAGGAAGUAAACCAGACACAGUGGAGCUGGGCGGAGCCGUUAUUGAGUGGACAACAGAAAAGUCCAGCAGAAAGAAUGUUUUUCAGAUCACGACGAACACGGGGACAGAGUACCUGCUCCAGGCUGACAGUUACUCCACAGCGGGCAAAUGGUACGACGCCGUCAGGAAGGUCGUCACAUCUUCGAUUAAAUCCGAUGGAGGUUUUGGUCUCAGGAGGUCAAACAGUUCAGAGUACCUGUCCAGACACAGCUCGCUGCCUGGAUAUGGCUCCGCCUCCCCCAGCGCCAAGCAGCGUAACCCUGGAAACAGACGUUCUAUCAACAUGUUUGGCAGCUCCAAGCUGAAACACAGUGCGUCAGACAGCGCCGACAAGAAUGGAGUGAAAAACAGACUCAAGAAGUUCAUCUCCAGACGUCCAUCUAUGAAGGUCUUACAGGAGAAAGGCCUCAUCAAAGAUCGCGUGUUUGGCUGCCACCUGCUGACGCUGUGCGAGCGUGAAGGAUCCACGGUGCCGCAGUUUGUGAAGCUCUGCUUGGACGCCGUGGAGAAGCGAGGUCUGGACGUUGACGGGAUUUACAGAGUCAGCGGUAACCUAGCAACCAUCCAGAAGCUUCGCUUCAUAGUCGAUCAAGAGGAGGAGCUUAACUUGGAUGCCAGCCAAUGGGAGGACAUCCACGUCGUCACUGGCGCCCUGAAGAUGUUUUUCCGAGAGUUGCCAGAGCCUCUGUUCCCAUUCCGGUUCUUCCAGCCAUUUGUGGAGGCCAUCAAGACCAAAGAUCACAGACAGAAAGCUGAAGCAGUGAAGAAGUUGGUGCAGCAGCUGCCCGGACCCAACCGUGACACCAUGAGGCUGCUCUUCACCCACCUGCACAGAGUUCUGGCCUGUUCGAGGAAAAACUUGAUGUCCACUCAGGGCAUCAGCAUCGUCUUCGGCCCCACGCUGAUGUGGCCUGAGCUGGACUCAGGAAACAUGGCCGUCAACAUGGUCUACCAGAACCAGAUCAUCGAGUUCAUCCUGAUCGAGAGCUCAGAGAUCUUCAGACUGGAUCCAAAGUAAAAACAAAAACAAAAAAAAAAACAGACAGUACGAAAUAACUGGAAGAUGAACUGUUAUGUGUGUGAAUUUAAAAAUGCCUUAGAUUUUUCUUCAAAGUAAUUACAUUUUUAGCUCCACCCACUUUAGUCACAGACUAUAAAAUAAU